GAUUAACCCGGCACCAGAACGCGUCGAACGCGGAUCAGACGGCCGUUCAGCCCUGCGGAAGCGCGCACGUAUUCGAGAAUGAGGAUGAAGGUUGAUUUAGGCAUCGUCCUGGUCGUGUUUGCGGUUCUGUGCGGACGAGCAGCGGCUUCGGUGGGCGACCGACUGCCAGAGUUCCGCGACUGCGUCUCGCGCUGCGUAGCUUCGGUUUGCGAGACUUCUCCGCAGCUUCCGCUGUAUUUGACAGUGUUUGCCUGGACCUGUCCGCAAAACUGCGAUUACGAAUGCCAGCGAACGAUCACGGCCGAGAGGAUUGCGGCGAACAAAGAGGUGGUGCAGUUCCACGGGAAGUGGCCGUUCAAGCGGUUUCUAGGAAUCCAGGAGCCGGCGUCGGUUAUCUUCUCGAUGCUCAACUUUGUUCCUCAUUACCGCACCUACAAGUACUUUACCUCUCCUCUCAGUCCACCGAUUGAUGAUGUGCAUGCUGGGUUCUACAUGAAGAAGUACUACGUGCUGGUGACGAUCGUGGGCAUGAACGCGUGGGUUUGGUCAUCGGUGUUCCAUUGCCGCGACUUCAAGCUGACCGAGCGACUGGACUACUUCUCCGCGGGAAUAACAGUCAUGACUGGCUUCUAUUUCGCAGUUGUCAGGGUAUUCCGACUGGACAGACCUGCAAAGAAGCCUCUGAGACGGUUGCUGACGAUAGCGUGUGUUCUGUCGGUGCUAUCGCACAUCUCGUAUCUCUCGUUUGUGAGAUUCAGUUACACAUACAACAUGGCCGCGAACGUUGUCGUCGGCCUGCUGCAGAACGCUCUGUGGAUCUACUUUUCGAUAAAGACGUAUUUCUUCUCGGAAAAGCGAGAGACAAGGGCGCUCGUGCCGCUGUUCAACGUGCUCCUGCUCAGCGCAGCCAUGAGUCUCGAGCUCUUUGACUUCUCGCCGUUUCUGGAUACAAUCGACGCGCAUUCGCUGUGGCAUGCUGCUACGGUUCUCCCGUCGUUCUGGUACUAUGAUUGGAUGAAGGCAGACGCGGCGCACGAAACAGGUGUCAAACUGAAGUUGUGAGGAGAAUAAUGGAGGCGCAGCUGGGGCGUUGACAGACGCGUAAUCAGCUGGCGGUCUGCAUAUACGCUGAAAUUUUCUUCAGACAACGAGGCACUGCAGAUGAAUUGGUUGCAGGUGUAUUAUUCGGAUCAUUGUAUAUUUAUCUAGCCAUAUUCCUACUCGAGAGAGAUCUCAGAGCAUCUCAGAGACGUAGGAUCACAGUCUUAUUGCGAUAGUAUUGUUAUGAUCAUUGGUUUAAUCUG